GUGCAUUUGAACGUCCACAUACUUGACAUUGACGAAACCGAUCAAGCAUUCUUCAUGUCGCGCUCACCCAGAAAGACUCCAGUUAUUGUCGGCAUUGGCGAUGUCGUCAAUCGUAGCAAAAGUGUAGAGGAUGCCAUCGAACCCCUACAGCUCAUGAUCCAAGCUAUCGAGAAAGCCAUUCAAGACACUGGGCUCGCUGCUGCUGCUCUGGUGAAGUUACAAAAGAAUAUCGAUAGCAUUUCUGUGGUCAAGACUUGGACCUGGCCUGCCGAUUAUCCCAGCCUGAUUGCCGAUAGACUUGCUGUCAAGCCCUUGCACGCCGAAUAUAGUGAUCAUGGCGGGAAUCAACCCGCCAAACUCGUCGAUGAGGCAGCACGCCGGAUUUCACGAGGAGAGAACAAAGUUGCGAUUGUCACUGGCGCCGAGGCGCUCGCAUCGUUGACGGCAUGUGCUGCUGCAAAGAAAAUGCCUCCUCCGGGUUGGACUCCGCCUUCCGAAGACGUACAAUCCGUCUUCUCUCCCACCACGCGAGAGCUUCAGCAGGACUAUGGCGCCAGACACUUCUGCGCCAACCCGAUACAGCUGUAUCCUCUGUAUGAGAACGCCUUUCGAGCCCAUCGCGGUCAGACCAUCGAAGCAAACCAUGUGGAAUCUGCAAAACUCUAUGCCGAUUUCGCCAAAGUCGCAGAACAGAACGAAAAUGCUUGGUCGUACCCAGCGCCUGCGGAAACAGAGGCUAGUAUUGCGACUAUAGGGAAAAGGAACCGAAUGAUCUGCCACCCGUAUCCUCUCCUCAUGAAUGCAUUCAAUACAGUCAACUGCUCCGCAGCUUGUAUUGUGACCUCUACAGACCAUGCUCGCGAAUUGGGAAUCCCCUAUGAGAAAUGGAUAUACCCUCUCGGUGGAGCUGGAACAUCCGAUAGUCCCGAAUACUGGUUGAGGCCUGAAUACUGGUGGAGUCCGUCCCUCUCUCGAUCACUGGACGCCGCACUGGACGUAUCUGGAGUGUACACGGAAGAAAUCGACUUGUACGACAUCUACUCGUGUUUUCCCAUUGUGCCCAAACUCGCCGCGCACCAUCUCCACCUCCCGCCUGUCACCACCGGCGGCGGCGGCGAGAAGAGGUCCUUGACGCUCUUGGGCGGUUUGACGUCCUUUGGAGGCGCCGGGAAUAACUAUAGUAUGCACGCCAUCACGGAAAUGACGAGGCAGUUGAGAACGGGAAAGGGGAAAACGGGACUCGUGCUGGCGAAUGGAGGCUGGUUGACGUAUCAGCAUGUGUUGUUGAUGAGUCGUAGCCCGAGAAAAGAUGGCUUGCCAUAUCCGGAUGAGAAUCCCCUGCCAAAGGUGGUGCAUGAUGUGCAGGUGCCGCGGAUUGAAGAGAAACCACCGGAAGGUGAAGCUAUUGUCGAAACGUACACGGUGGAUUACAACCGCGAUGGAACUCCCGCUCGAGGACAUGUCGUUGGCAGACUCUUAAAUGGACAUCGCUUCGUGGCCAACCAUGCGGAUCAGGAAACGUUGGAGGAAUUGAGCAGCUGGCAGAAAGAGCCCAUCGGGAGACGAGGGUGGGUUCGCACGGGGAAAGAUGGGAGAAAUUUGUUCACGUUCAACACGUCGUCGGGAGAGCUACCACUGGCGAAACUUUGAGCAAUACUGCAGUCUCAGAGAAUACCUACCUAAGGUACCUGGUAGGUAACAUUUUACUGGCCCAUAUCGAACAGGAGGAAUUCAGCCUGUGAGUCUCCAACACUUUCGACUUGAACCACUCCUGGGCCUUCUGCCUUGAUGAAAGCUCCGUCGCCCUCACCGAGCACAGUACCCCCCACGGAAAUCUUCGCGCCGCCCGUCUUCGGCUGCUGUCUAUCACUCAUCACCAAAUGCAGAUAGACAUUUCUCUUCCCGGGGGCGACCAGCUCGUGCUCGACGCUUUUUCCCGGCGAAAGAAUCGACGCAUCCAUACUGACAUCGGCAUAGAUUUCAAUCGGUUCCGUAUCACCCUCUUUGCCACCAUGUCUCUCCUUGGCCUCCAUAAUCCGCACCAGUCUGUCCUGUUUCAAUUCAUCCGGAUACUUUCUCGUACAAUACGAAGGCGUGAGACCUCGCACAUUGGGCUUAGCCCAAAUUUGCAAAAAAUGGCAGUCUUCGUUUUGGUUGCGAUUGUAUUCGGAAUGACGAAUUCCUGUUCCCGCAUUCGUGAAUUGGACUUCGCCUCUUCGCAGUUUCUCUAGAUUGCCCAUGCUGUCUUUGUGUUCGAGCUCGCCGUGGACAAUGUAGCUCCAAAUACCAAACUCGGCGUGUGCGUGCGUGCCGAAACCUGUUCCGCGUUCUACGCGAUCUUCGUUGAUCACGCGGAGAGGUCCAAAGGACUCGUAUUUCGGGUCGUAGUAGUUCGCAAAGCUGAAGGUGUGGAAGGAAUACAGCCAGCCGUGAUCCGCCUUGCCUCUUUCAUUCCAUGGUCUUUUGGUGACUUGGAGAAUCGAGGUGCUGCCAUUCUUGUUGGUAGAGGGAGAUGGGGAGGUGGUCGUGCUCGUGGUCAUCGCUGCGGUGCUCAUGGCUCGUUUCGCGGUCGAGGUACUCGUUGAUGAAGCGGUCUGGGCGACUUUGGGAAGCGCUGCUCGAAAGGUAUUGUAGAAUGCCAGUAUCACGGCGAGAAGGGCUAUGAGAGAUG